AUGGGAACAGAAAAUCUUUACCGUUACAGUAAUUUACGUGGACUUUGGAGUAAAAGAAAUGAUGAAAUCGAUAAGCAAGUGGAAACCAUUUUAUCACCACAUGAAUUUUUUGAUAAAUAUCGUAAAGAAGAAUUUUAUACUGGUAUUGAUGAGGCCGAUAAACGCCAAUAUUUAUUAGUAUCUGAAGAGACAGUACGACGUCUUCAUUCUGAAAUAGAAAAAAUUGUAUCAAAAACUUUACCUUUUCCCAGUAACAAGCACAAUUCACAUUAUCAAAUUAUCAAAAAAUUUUACAUGGAACCAACAGAUUUUCAAAAAGUCGAAAAAAACAUUAAUGAUUAUAAUAAAAAUUUCAAAGUAUACAAAAAAAAGGCUGCCUUGAACGAUAGAUUGAUGAAAGCAAAAAAAUUAUGCGAUGAGAAAAAAUAUUUAUUUAUAGCAAUAGAUGUAGAAAGUUAUGAAAGAGACCAUACUUGUAUUUUGGAAGUUGGAUGGAGCAUGUAUAAUUCUAAAUCGGAUCUUUUUAUGGACCGACACUUCUGUGUCAAAGAGUAUAUGCAUCUUAGAAAUAACAAGUAUGUGGCAGAUAUGAAAGAUCGCUUUAUUUUCGGUGAUAGUGUAUGGGAAAGUUCCGAGAAUAUAGCAUUAGAAUUUACUAAAGAUGCUACACAAAAAGAAUUUGUGCGAGAAAACGAAGAAUUCAACGAUGUAAUUUUGAUUGGACAUGAUAUUGCAAUGGAGAAGAAAUAUUUAGAACGCAUGGAAAUUAAAAUUGACGAGGUUAUUAAACCUAAAGAAGUGUUUGAUACUGCUGAAUUAGAUGGUGCGAGGACAGGUAAUGUCUCUCAACGUCCUAGUUUGGGAGGUAUGUUGGAUGAUUUGAAAAUUGAAAACUAUUGUUUACAUAAUGCAGGUAAUGAUGCACAUUAUACUAUGUGUGCUUUCUUGGAAAUUUGUAAAUUACCAAUAACAAAUGUUUCACCGCCAGAAAUAAAAUCUUGA